AUGUCGACCACCUCAAAGGUCGUGCCCUCUCCCGAGGGUUUCAAAGCCUCAGACGACAGCAACCCAAACUUCCGCUCCGUGUCAUCCUUGAGCAAUGGAGUGAUGCGAACCAUCGAGCCUGUUGGCCCUGCCUUCAUGGCCUUUGCACGCCGCAAGCGCCUAGGUCGUACCUUCUCUGAAGACGAACGCAUUCAGCAACAAUCCAAGGCCAAGAAGGUCGAGGAGGACGACGAUGGCGAGAUCAGCGAGCCUGAAGAUCCUCUGAUGCUCGCUCGCGACCCCAAGGACUGGCGAGGUCAGGACCACUAUGCUGUCCUCGGUUUAUCGAAGUACAGAUGGCGGGCCACAGACGACCAGAUCAAACGAGCCCACCGAAAGAAGGUGCUCAAGCACCAUCCUGACAAGAAAGCGGCUGCUGGCGAGGAUGAUGCCGAUGGCUUCUUCAAGUGUAUCCAGAAAGCCCACGAGACCCUCACCGACCCGGCCCGACGCAGGCAAUUUGACAGUGUAGAUGAGGCUGCGGACGUGCUGCCUCCCAGCAAGAAAGACAUUCAAAAACCAGGUGCAUUCUACAAGAAAUGGCGUCCUGUGUUCGAGAGUGAGGGCAGGUUCAGCAACAAGCAGCCAGUUCCCAAACUCGGCGACGACAACAGCACGAAAGAGGAUGUCGAACGAUUCUACGACUUCUUCUACAACUUUGACAGCUGGAGAAGCUUCGAGUACCUCGAUGAGGACGUUCCAGACGACAACGCCGACCGUGACCACAAGCGACACAUCGAGCGAAAGAACAAUAACGCGCGCCGAAAGAGAAAGACCGAAGAUACCGCGCGCCUCAGGAAACUAGUCGACGAUGCACUAGGCUACGACGAGCGAAUCGCUCGAUUCAGGAAGCAGGAAAAGGCCAACAAGAACAAGAAGCGGGAUGCUCAGGAAGCAGCAGCCAAAGCCGAAGCUGAAGCCAAGGCCAAAGCCAAGGAAGAGGAAGAAAAGCGAAAGGCCGAGGAAGAUGCUAAAGCCAAAGUUGACAAGGAGCAAGGCAAGAAAGCAAAGGAAGCCGCUAAGAACGCUGCAAAGAAGAACAAGCGUGCCGUUCGUAGCAGCGUCAAGGACGUCAACUACUUUACUGCUGGUGAACCUUCUCCAUCGGACAUUGAUAAUUGCUUGAACGAUGUUGACAAGGUCAUUGCUAGCAUUGACGUCGAUGAACUUGCUGCGCUGGUGUCUCAGCUCGAAGUCGCCGGUAAGGAUGGUGGUGCGGUAAAGAAGGUCUUUUCUGACAAGACGAGUGAGAUGGUGGGGGCUGGGAAGCUCAAGGAUUCUGAGCUGAAAUACUUCAAGCUAUCGUGA